AUGGCAGAGACCAUGCGGGUUCCAGUUAAAACGGAGUACAGGCUGGGUGAGCAGACAGAGCAGCGCCUCAGGGAAAUAGGUGCCCGCUGUGUGACGGAAACAUCAGAUGUGGAGUACUACUACGACACCAGCAGCUUUCAACUGGCUUCAACACAGACCUGGCUGUAUCAGCAUAACGGUCAAUGGGGAUUAAUGCUGGGAGAAGAACGAGAGACCAAUCACACUCAUUCAGACAACAACCAAAAGUCUGAAACUGGACUCAGUGAAGGAAACAAAAGCGUUUCAGCUACCUCAUCACCUGAAGAAAGACCAGAAACCAGUGCUCCAAAGGAAAUGUCUAAAACAUCCUCUGAUAUGUCUUUGAGAUACACAGAACUGAAAGAUACAAGCGCCAUUAUGUCACAUCUGUCAAAGUGUCUCCAGCUUCCUCUGACCCUCAACGAAAUGCAGAAUAUGACCAUGAAGAGCUUCUUGAAUAUGGCCCAGAUCCAGAUGUAUGACAGCUGGACCAGGACCAGCACAGUGAGGUAUUCUCUGCCUGGUGGCUUCUCGCUGGUGGUGGAGAGAAACUACAGAAUUCCCACUGAAACUCCGUCUGCAUUUUUGAUGAUGAAUGCUGAUGGGCUCAGCAUAAGCAGUGAACUGGAAAAGAUGGACCGCCUGCGCAAGAAUCUAGGCUUAAACACAAAGGCAAACUCAGAUGAACGAUUUCAAAUGACUGUUGAAGCUAUAGCCUAG